AUGCAACGCAAGCGGCAGAAACUAAGCAUUGCCAUCGACAUGCCCGACCACACUUCGAAUGGGCCAAGAGAGUCUAUUCUAGGCCUACAAGCUACAGGUGAACCGCUCAGGGUUGGGCACCUUGGUGUGUUCGAGAAGCUCACGUUCACCUAUUCCGUUCUGUCGACCAUCAUCACGGCAACGGUUACAAGCUGGUUCGAAGGCAUCCAGCUUUAUCUCAGCCAGUAUGCUAGUCGUGAGCGUAGCAACAAGCAACCCGAAAUACAUGACCAGCGCCCCGCCGAUUUCCUAGACCGAGAUAUCGAGUCUGCAUUUGAAAAGUAUCUCCUCGCAUCCGGGGAAGCAAGCAAUUUACCUGUCGUGGUCAACUACAUUGGGAGCGGCGUCCAGCGGCGACAGCAGAAUCCUCCCACCACAGCCAUCGCAACAAAGUCCAACGGAGUUAUUCACGUCCAGUUCAAAGUACUCACCCCGGAGUUCUAUAGGAGAUUCAUCGGUUAUGCUCAUGACAUGGAGGCUAUGUUUUGCGAGCUGCGGGAGCAUCAAACCAUCUGGACAGACAAACCCGAGGUUCUUGGUCAAUUGUUUCUGAAAAGGCCAAGUCGACCACUACAGACGCAGAGUCUCGUGGAUUAUGUCGCGUUCAGCCUUAUCCGAAUGCUGCGUAAGCGACCACCUGCGAUCAAGAGGGAAAACCCGUCGACUAGGAAAGAAUCUACUCUACCAACGGGUGUUGACAUUCGACAAUUUCGAAUGUCUGCGAUGGAUGCUUUCAUCCUUGGCCAAAGGGAUAACGAGCUCAAACGGAGGUACCGGUCGGCUGUACUUCAGCUGUUUCUUGCCGAGCGCCUCUUCCACGGUUCCAUACGCGCACUGAGCGUGAUACGACUUGCAUUCAGACUCACGAUAGCGUGGACCAUCGCCAAGGUCUGCACCGUAUCUGUUAAAAAAUACACGAAUUGA